AGGGGGCUGGACCCUUGGCCUCGGUCCCAGGGGGCGGUGCCGCAGCGCGAGCGGGCAGGGUUCCUCCCUGGGCGGGAGCAGAACAGGCGGUGCCCGCGCGGCCGCGGAGCUAUGGACGGCAGCGGGCCCUUCAGCUGCCCCAUCUGCCUGGAGCCGCUCCGCGAGCCGGUGACGCUGCCCUGCGGCCACAACUUCUGCCUGGCCUGCCUGAGCGCGCUGUGGCCGCACCGCGGUGCGGGUGGCACCGGCGGGCCCGGAGGCGCGGCCCGCUGCCCGCUGUGCCAGGAGCCCUUCCCCGACGGCCUGCAGCUCCGCAAGAACCACACGCUGUCCGAGCUGCUGCAGCUCCGCCAGGGCUCGGGCUCCGCGCCCGGGCCCGGCCCGGGUCCGGGUCCGGGUCCGGGUCCGGGUCCGGGUCCGGGAGCGCCGGCCCCGGAGCCCACGCCGCCCAGCGCGCCGCCCAGCGCCCCGGAGCCUUCGGCCCCCUGCGCGCCCGAGCCCUGGCCGGGCGGCGAAGAGCCGGUGCGCUGCGACGCGUGCCCCGAGGGCGCCGCCCUGCCUGCCGCGCUCUCCUGCCUCUCCUGCCUCGCCUCCUUCUGCUCGGCGCACUUGGGCCCGCAUGAGCGCAGCCCCGCGCUGCGCGGACACCGCCUAGUGCCGCCGCUGCGCCGGCUGGAGGAGAGCCUGUGCCCGCGCCACCUGCGGCCGCUCGAGCGCUACUGCCGCGUGGAGCGCGUGUGCCUGUGCGAGGCCUGCGCCGCCCAGGAGCACCGCGGCCACGAGCUCGUGCCACUGGAGCAGGAGCGCGCCCUCCAGGAGGCAGAGCAGUCCAAAGUCCUGAGUGCCGUGGAGGACCGCAUGGACGAGCUGGGUGCUGGCAUCGCACAGUCCCGACGCACGGUGGCCCUCAUCAAGAGCGCAGCCUUGGCAGAGCGGGAGAGGGUGUGCCGGCUCUUCACCGAGGCCGCAGCUGUCCUGCAGGGGUUCCAGACGGAGGUGCUGGGCUUCAUUGAGGAAGGGGAGGCCACCAUGCUGGGCCGCUCCCAGGGCGACCUGAGGCGACAGGAGGAACAGCGCAGUAGGCUCAGCCGGGCACGCCAGGACCUCAGCCAGGUCCCUGAGGCCGACUCGGUCAGCUUCCUGCAGGAGCUGCUGGCACUGAGGCUGGCCCUGGAGGAGGGGUGUGGCCCUGGGCCCGGUCCCCCGAGGGAGCUCAGCUUCACCAAGUCCUCCCAAGCUGUGCGGGCGGUGAGAGACGCCCUGACGGUGGCCUGUGCCAGCCAGUGGGAGCAGCUGCGGGGGCUGGGCGGCGACGAGGAUGAGCUACAGAAGUUGGGCACAGAAGCCGAUGCCGAGUCCCAAGACCCCGACAGCACCAACAGCCUCGAGAGUGAGGCUCCCAGGGAUUACUUCCUCAAGUUUGCCUACAUCGUGGACCUGGACAGUGACACGGCAGACAAGUACUUGCAACUGUUCGGGACCAAAGGUGUGAAGAGGGUGCUGUGUCCCAUCAACUACCCCGAGUCACCCACCCGCUUCACCCACUGCGAGCAGGUGCUGGGCGAGGGCGCCCUGGACCGGGGCACCUACUACUGGGAGGUGGAGAUCAUCGAGGGCUGGGUCAGUGUGGGGGUCAUGGCCGAAGACUUCUCCCCGCAAGAGCCCUACGACCGGGGCCGCCUGGGCCGCAACGCCCACUCCUGCUGCCUGCAGUGGAACGGCCGGAGCUUCUCCGUCUGGUUCCACGGGCUCGAGGCGCCCCUGCCCCAGCCCUUCUCGCCCACCGUCGGGAUCUGCCUCGAAUACGCCGACCGUGCCCUGACCUUCUAUGCCGUGCGGGACGGCAAGAUGAGCCUUCUUCGGAGGCUGAAGGCCUCCCGGGCCCGCCGGAGCAGCUCCCUGGCCUCGCCCAUUGACCCCUUCCAGAGCCGCCUGGACAGCCACUUUGCGGGACUCUUCGCUCGCAGGCUCAAGCCCGCCUUCUUCCUAGAGAGUGUGGACGCCCAUCUGCAGAUCGGGCCCCUCAAGAAGUCCUGCAUCUCCGUGUUGAAGAGGAGGUGAUGCCCGAUGGAAGGCACCUCGGAGCCCCCCACCGCCCCAGGCUUCUCGUUCCUAGAGGCCCCCACCUUCCUUAUACUUGGCCUUCUGCCUCUCGAGGAGGAGGCCCCCAGGCCCCUUCCGGUGCCCCUCGGACCCUGUUCCUCCACAGGCCUUGUUUCUGGGAGGGAAAGCCAGAGCAGGGGCAUAUCCAGGCUACCCAGCCCCCACCCUUUCCAGGUUCCUGGGACAGUGCCUGGCAUACAGUAGGUUCUGAAUAAAUGUUUGUUGAAUGAA